UCUCUGUAUGGAGCCCACCUGAUCCUUCAUUCUCACUGUCUAUGCCUUGAGUCCCGAUUCAAAGACCCACUACUGCCAGUUGGUUAAUUCUUUUCAUGUUCAAAAGUAGACGUUCUCAUCCAAACCAGUGGCGUCUUUCUCAAACCACUGGUAGAACCGCCUCUGGUUUAUAUUAACAACUCCAAGACUUUGUGAGCCCAUGUCCUUCACCUUUGAUGCUUAUAUAUACAACAUCUUUUGCCGGAAUUAAUCCAAACCCAGAUCGAUCAACGAGCUUUCUUAUAAUCUUAUUCUUGUUCAAAUCCAAGAUAAAGAGAAAACCAAAGAUGAGUUCAACAAGUAGGGCAUGGAUUUCUGCAGCAAGCGUUGGAGUUGUCGAGGCAAUGAAAGAUCAGGGAAUCUGUAGAUGGAAUUAUGCUCUGAGAUCGUUACACCAGCAAGCCAAGAACAAUCUGGGGUUGUUCUCUCAGUCCAAGGGGGUCCUCUCUUCUUCUUCUUCCUCGUCAAUGGCCACUAACAAGGCGAUGCAAAACGAGCAGCAGAAGAAGCAAUCUGAAGAGUCUCUCAGAAAAGUUAUGUACCUAAGCUGCUGGGGUCCCAACUGAUGAGAGGAAAGUUUUGUACAAUUUUGGGCUAAAAAUGAAGACAGAAAAUUGGGAGUGAAGAUUGAGAAGAAUCCAUUAGCUGGAAGAAAAGAGAUAUCACCAUGAAGUGAUAUAAUCUGUUCCCUCCCCCUCGAUCGAGACUGAGAACGAAAUAUCUGAAGACCUUUGUGAAAAUCAAACUGUAUAUCAGAUGAUCAUCAAUUGUACGCUUGUCUCAGCUGUAUAUACUUUCAUGAGAUUAAUUCUUGAAAUCAAUCUCUACAAUCAUGGAGACAUUGUUCCUCUGUGUUGCAAUUUGGAUAUAUCAGAGAUCGAGGAUUACGACCA